GCCACCGUCGCCUGCUCUGUCGCGCGCGUUCGUGCGCAGGACAGCGCGCCGGUGGCAUCGGCUUCGCCGCGGCGAUGGUGGGGAGAUUUGCCACCUAGCUUCCUGGUUCAACCUGCAGAGCGCGGCAUGGAGGCUCCACUGACGCUGCAGAUAUUCGAGUUCACCAGUAAGGAGAUGCAGGAGGAGCUGCAGAAGCUGGGGCUCAAGGUGAACCACCACGAGGAGAACAUUAGGUUUCUCAGGUCUGAGCUAAAUGUCAUCGAGGAGUUGUGUGCCGACCUGGGAAUUAAAAUUGGCAAUUAUUAUUCAUCAAUGGCGGCCAUUUCAAAUAAUGACACAUCUGUUGAAGAAGCGGAACAGCGCACUAUUCAAAGUAUACUCAAUCAGGAUGAGACAGCAGCGGGGAUUAUCUGCCAACUGAAAGUCCGUCAUUAUCAGCAUGCGUCAAAGCUUCCACUGGUGAAAGAUGUUCUUGGUAUUGUUGCUACUUUGGGAAAAUUAAAUGAUGAUAACCUUAGCAGAAUACUCUCAGAGUACUUGGGAUUGGAUAAUAUGCUUGGUGUCGUCUGCAAGACUUAUGAUGGUGUCAAGGGUCUUGAAACAUAUGACAAGGAAGGUAUAAUUGAUAAAACCAGUGGCAUUCAUGGCCUAGGUCGCACAAUUGGAAAAUUUGUAGAUGGAAGAUUCACUGUAUUUUGUCUUGAAAAUAUAAGGCCAUUUUCUGGUGAUUUGAUGAUCAAUGAUCCACAGAGAAAACUUCUUUUGCAUAAGCCAAGGUUGCCUAAUGGGGAGAUUCCUCCUGGUUUUCUGGGUUUUGCAGUAAAUUUGAUACAUUUGGACCAGACAAAUUUGAGUUGUCUCACAGCUGGGGGCCAUGGUCUUAGGGAAACUUUGUUUUACAGCCUGUUUUCUCAUUUGCAAGUCUAUAAGACGAGAGCUGAAUUGCGAAAUGCUAUUCCAUUGAUAAAUGAUGGUGCUGUGUCUUUGGAUGGUGCUAUACUGAGGCCUAAUGGCUCAUUCUGCCUAGGAAAUAGGACAAGCUUGGGUAUAAAAUUUCCUGUAACCGUAAAUCUUGGUGUCUCAAACUUACCUGGAACUAUAACUGAACUGGAAGAGCAAGUUAAACAUAAGAACUGGGAAAAGGAAAGGCUUCUUGAGGACAUGAAAAGAGAAGGAGAUUUGUUGAGCCAAGUUAAGGAUUUGUUCAGCAAGAAAAAGCAUCAGCUCAUGGAAUAUCUCACUCAACCAGCAAUGAGAGUACAGGGUUCACCAACAGUUCGUUCACCAGCUACCCCUGGAAGUAAUCCAUUUGGUGCAAAGCCUUCCCACCUGCGGUGACAGCAUAAACGCUUAGCUAAAUACAUGCAUUCCCUUCUCAUUGGAGUUAGGUAGAUGAUGGCCUCAUGCCUGCAGAGCCAGCUGCAUUUUGCAACUAUCUUGAUGUUAGUUUCAGGGGCACAGUUGGAACCGUGAUAAGGUGGACAUACAUAACUGACAAACCAUCAGAUCAUAAGUUAGGGUGUCACUUUGCUGUCUGCAGCAGAUUACCCCGUUAGUUUUCCUUCGCUUUCACUAGCUUUUUUGCAUCUUCCAAAGGAAGAUGAUAGAAGGGGUUCCAUCUAACCAAAUUCAAGUAAAGAAUUGAAGGAACAUGCAAAUGACGUGGUUUCUCCAUUAAUUGAUUCAAAGUAUGCUUUCUGAACAUCCUUGCUGGAUGAUGCAAAGGAACUUUUGUUUUGAACAUCCUUGCUGGAUGGUGUAGACGAAACUUACAAUUGGUGAAGAGAAACAGCUUGAUGAGAAUCAUUCAUUUUAAUUUCUCUUACUGAUUUUUAAGUGAUGGUCCUAAACUGUUUGUAGCCAGGGCUGUAUAACCACGGUACCAUCACUUGUAUAUGGCAUCAACACAAGUACAUGCGUGUUGCUGCCGUUUGAUGUAGUUUUCAGAUGAUCUAUGUUUUUGUUCGCAAUACAUUCAGUAACAGU